AUGGCAUCGUCGGCGGAUCGCGCACAGAAAGAGCAGGCACAUCAGUUUCUGGAGCAAUUUCAGAAGUCGGAAGAGGCAUGGACAACCACACUAGCUAUGCUCGAGUCCAACUCUGCAGAUGCAGCAGCCAAGCUUUUCGCUGCCACAACGCUCAAGGGCAAGAUUGUCUAUGACUUGCACCAAGUGCCCCGCGCUCAACUUGCCGAGCUGCGAGCUUCUAUCAUGCGAAACUUGGCCAUUUUUCACGCUGGACCAAAGCCCAUACGCUUACAGCUAUGCGUGUGUCUGGCAAAUCUCGCAAUACAGAUGACCGAGUGGAAGGAUGUCCUCAAAGAUAUCGUAAACUCACUCGGCUCCGACCCCGCAACCUUACCUUGCGUCCUCGACUUUCUCCGCGUUCUCCCCGAAGAAGUCACACAUGGACGUAAGAUCGCACUCACAGAACACGAGUUGACUAUGAGGACGGCCGAGUUGAUUGAAGACAACGCCCAGCAGGCCCUGGAACUCCUCGUACGAUACGGAACCUCUUCACCUGCGGCCGCACAAAACCCCCAAUUACUCCACUGCAUCACCUCCUGGAUACGCGAAAUUCCAUUGGACGCCAUCAUCAACUCUCCCUUGCUCAAGAUCAUUUUUGAGGGCCUCUCGCAUGAAGAUCCUUUUGAAGCUGCGGUAGAAUGUCUGAGCGCCCUCCUUGCAGAGACGAGAGAUGUCGAUGAGACUCUCAGUUCCAUAAUGAUCCUCUAUCCCCAAGUCAUCAACCUCCAAACGAAGCUCGCCGAAGCGGCACAAGAGGAGGAUGCUGAAAAGUUCAAGGGCAUUGCAAGGAUAUUUGCCGAGGCUGGAGAGUCUUGGGUUAUCCUCAUUGCGCGUCUACCGACCGAUUUCCGUGCAUUGGUCGAAGCAAUACUUGCCAUAGCCGCGCUAGAUAAGGAAAGGGACGCCAUCUCCCAUACCUUUAAGUUCUGGUACGACCUUAAGCAAUACCUUACGCUGGAGAAAUACGCCGAAGCUCGCAACCAAUGCCUAGACAUUUACUCCAAGCUGGUCGACAUUAUGAUAAACCACCUUCAGUUCCCGAAGCCGGAAGGUGGGAGUGGUGAUGACAAGGACUUGUUCGAGGGCGAUCGCGAACAAGAGGAAAAGUUCCGCGAGUUUCGACACCAGAUGGGCGAUGUUCUCAAGGAUUGCUGUGAGGUUAUGGGUGUCGUUGAAUGCCUUCAAAAACCUUAUGAUCUCAUUCAGCAAUGGGUCCAAACAUACGGCGCUCAGGCUGGACCGAACAGUGUGCCAGAGUGGCAGAAACUGGAAGCGCCUUUGUUUGCAGUCAGAGCCAUGGGCCGCAUGGUGCCUCCAGAUGAGAAUAUCAUGCUUCCACGGCUGAUUCCACUCAUCGCGGGCAUACCCGACCACAACAAGUUGCGAUUCCAAGCUGUGAUGGCUCUAGGAAGGUACACAGAGUGGACGGCCCAGCACCCUGACACGCUACAGAUGCAACUGGACUACAUCAUGGCAGCUUUUGACCAUUCAACCAAGGAUGUCAUCCGAGCUGCUGCGCUGUCAUUCAAGUUCUUUUGCAACGAUUGCGCGAGUUUGUUAGUUCACUAUGUUGGCCCGCUGCAGCAGUUUUACGCAAAGAACUUGAACAAGCUACCCAUUAGCAGUCAAGAAGAGAUUACGGAAGGUGUUGCCUCUGUUGUUGCCAAGGUUCCCAACGACCAGCUUCUGGCAACACUCAAACUUUAUCUCGACCCUGUCAUGGCGCACUUGAUCGAGCUUGCACAACAAGCAAAGGAUGAGCCAGACCAGAAACUCAUUGCGGACAAGAUUAACCUCCUCACAAUAUUCUUUGAAAUGGUGAGGCCAGAGAUACCACCUGGUCAAGAGCAUCCGGCCGUCAAAUACUGCGAACAGAUUUUCCCCACCCUUGCAAACAUGAUUGGCCAUUUCCACACAAGCAUACCGAUCCUCGAGCGUGUAUGCAGGUGCUGGCGAUACAUGGUACUUUCUUACCAGACAGCAAUGCGACCACUUCUACCGGCUCUUGCCACAAAACUGAUUGAAGGCUUCGAUAAAUCAAGACAGGGAUGUUUCCUCUGGGCCACGGCAUCGAUUGUGCGCGAAUUCUCGCAAGGUGUGGAGACUGUCGAUGCAGGUUUGGCAAAUGACGUCUACCAGUUCUAUGAGCAGCAAGCGAAGACUUUCCUGAGGAUACUCAGUGAUCUGCCCCCAGAAGAACUCCCUGAUCUCAUCGAGGAUUACUUCCGUCUCGCGGCCGAUAUGGCACUCUACUUCCCGUCCGAGUCCAUUAUGUCCCCGCUCAUGGAAACGAUACUUCUUGCAGCCUGCAGCUCUCUCACACUGCUCAAAGAGGAUCCCAUUAUCGCAGUGCUACACUUCCUACGCGACUUCCUCGGCUAUGGUCGCAACUCAUCGCCGUCGUCUACUUUUGACAAUACACGUCACGAAGUUCCAGAACAGAUACGGGACCGCGUUAAGCAGCUUGUUGUGGGCGCUGGCGUCCAACUUGUCCAGCGUAUCAUGACGGGCAUGAUGUACAGCUUCCCCGAGGGUUGUUUUGCCGACUCGUCUGGUGUGCUUCUCGACCUGUUCGAGCUCAUGCCUGAACAGGUUGCACAGUGGGUUGCGAGCACCGUGGCUAUGUUACCACAGGGUAGCAUCACACCCCAAGAGAGCGAGCGCUUCCUCAACAACAUUCGCCAACGCAUCCAAACAGGCGACGUUAGGAUGAUUAGGACGAUUCUACAGGACUUUACAACUAGCUAUCGUCGAAGAAACGUGGCCCCCCGAGAGGGCCUCGGCAGGCUGGAGGCUUCGCGGUUUAGAUUUUCUGGUUAGCGGCUGGUCACUGAACCGUUGCUGUACUAUUUGAAAGCAUCGGUUGAGCGCAUGCUCCGAAGGAAAGUGAUCGUCGAGACGCUCCAUCAGGUCAGAGCCAAGUCGAAGGCGUCCAUAGCGCUUAUGUAGGUAGGCUUACUAUUGAGACAAUAGGGAUGCAAUAUAUCUGGUGUGGGAUGGAGUAAAUAUCAAAAGAGCAUAAUUGUACUUGAAGCGUUUGUGUGUUGGCAUUUGCAUGGAAGAGAGGGAUAUGGAAGGAAAGGAUACCAUUCAUGAGAUAAAGUGGGGUUUGUUAUUACAACUGCUAAGAUAGCCUUGAAUUUCCUGUUUUCAUGACCAUGUUUGACUGCAAUAGCAGGAGGCAUACAUGAAGUGAU